AUGAAUUUCAAAGAUAAAGUAGUCAUUGUAACUGGAGCCGGUUCAGGAAUUGGUGCAGCGAUAGCUGUGGGCUUUAGCUCCGAGGGUGCCCGUGUGGUGAUGGUUGGUCGCAAUGAGAGUAAACUAGCCUCAGUAGCCGCUCGCUGUAAUAAACCACUCGUGGUGAGAGCUGACGUUGGAAACGAUGAAGAUGCACAACGUAUUAUAGAUCGGACGAUUGAACAUUUUGGACAAAUUGACAUUUUAGUUAACAAUGCUGGUAUUGGAGCUUGGGGAACGCUCGCUUCAGGUAAACUUGUUGAGGCUUAUGACACCGUUAUGCGGGUCAACCUACGAGCUGUGGUAAAUUUAACAUCACUAGCUUCUUCUCAUUUAAUUAAGACAAAAGGUAACGUCAUCAACAUAUCCAGCAUUGGAGGCUUAAUACCAGCGCUUGGUAGUACUGGCUUUGCAAUGUAUGCUGUGUCGAAAGCAGCUGUAAAUCAUUUCGGUGCAUGUGCUGCUGCAGAAUUAGCAGAGUAUGGAGUAAGAGUUAAUACUAUAAGUCCCGGUCCAGUUGUUACUGAUAUUUUGGAAAAUACGAAAUCUCCCUUAACAUGGAAUGAUUUUAAAAAAAUGACUGCACUGGAUAGAGUAUCUCAACCAGAAGAGAUAGCAGAUUUAGUAAUGUUUCUCGCGAGUGAUAAAGCAAAGGGUAUAACAGGAUCUAAUCAUAUUAGUGAUAAUGGGCUUUCUGUUAAACGGUACUUAUGGUAA